CGGCUCAUAGGAAGAAGAAGUAAGAAAGAAUCAAGAAGAUGAAACGCAACGGUUAUUAGAGAGAGAGAGAGAGAUUGGCGCAUUCAAUCUGCCUGCAUUUUGUUGCUUCUUCCGAAGAAAUUGAAAUCUGGAGUGUAGUCUAUACUUGUAACUUAACAGCUCAAUCAAAGGACUUUUCAAGUAAUUAAGAAUUCCAAUGAAGCCACCUGUGGCUAUCUUGAUCCUUCUCCUGCUGAUCUUGGUUAUGCAACAAGCCGAUUCUGAUUCUGAUCUGAAUUCUGAUAGACAGGCUCUUCUCGACUUCGCUUUCGCUGUCCCACAUGUUAGACAACUCAAUUGGAAUUCCAGUAUCCCAAUCUGUAGCUCUUGGGUCGGUAUUACCUGCGAUGAAAAUGGGACGAGAGUGGUUUCUCUUCAUCUCCCAGGUAUAGGUCUGUUUGGUCCAAUACCUGAUAAUAGUAUUGGUAAGUUAGAUGCUCUUAGAGUCCUGAGCCUCAGGUCUAACUACCUUAGUGGAAGAAUUCCUUCUGAUAUUGCUUCUCUUCCAUUACUCCAAGCUCUUUAUCUUGAACAUAACAACUUUUCCGGUGAAAUUCCAAAUUCAUUUUCACCUCAACUGAUUGUAUUGGAUCUUUCUUCCAAUUCAUUUACUGGCACCCUUCCACCAACUAUCGAUAAUCUAAAGCAUCUUACCACUCUGAACAUCCAGUUCAAUUCUUUUUCCGGUGCUAUUCCUGAUAUAAAUCUUCCCAGGCUUAGACAACUGAACUUCAGCUAUAACAAGCUUAGUGGUUCUCUUCCGGAUUCACUUGCAAACUUCCCCACAUCUUCAUUCAUUGAAAAUACUUUUCUAUGUGGCCCACCUUUGAAUACAUCUUGUACCGUAGUAACACCUCCUUUUCCAUCUCCUUCGGAGAAGAAGAAGAGGAAGCUGGGGAAGGGUGCUAUCAUUGCAAUUGCGGUUGGUGGUUCUUCCAUUCUGUUUAUUCUGGUUUUGGCAGUUGUGUUGUGCCAUUUAAAGAAGAAAAAGAGUGAUGUCGGUGGGGAACCGAUAGGGAAGGCGACAACAAAUGGGAAAGGUAACGAGAAGUCAGAGGACUUUGGUAGCGGAGUACAAGCGGGUGAAAAGAACAAAUUGGUGUUCUUUGAUCAAGAAGGAUGUUCGUUUAACUUUGAUCUCGAGGAUCUUCUGAGGGCCUCUGCUGAAGUUCUUGGUAAAGGUAGUUAUGGAACGGCUUAUAAAGCUGUUAUGGACGAGGGUACGACGCUUGUGGUGAAAAGGCUCCGGGAAGUUGGUGUUAAUAAGAAAGAGUUUGACCAGCAAAUGGAGAUCGUAGGGAGAUUGGGCCAGCAAAAGCAUCCUUAUCUUGUGCCUCUCCGAGCUUAUUACUAUUCCAAGGAUGAGAAACUUCUAGUCUAUGAUUAUAUGGCCGGAGGGAACUUAUCCACCCUCUUGCACGGAAACAGGGGGUCGGGAAGAACUCCUCUGGAUUGGGACACGAGGAUGAAGAUUUCCCUAGGGAUAGCUGCUGGAAUAUUCCAUAUCCAUUUGGAGGGUGGUGUGAAAUUUGUUCAUGGAAAUAUAAAGUGUUCAAACAUCCUUGUUAAGGAAGAUGAUCUUAGUCCUUGCAUAUCUGAUUGUGGGUUGGCGCCUCUAGUGACGUUUUCAGGGGGACCGGCGUCGAGGGGUCCUGGUUACCAUCCUCCGGAAGUGAUUGGUUUGAGGAAGUUCAGCCAAAAGUCAGAUGUAUAUAGCUUUGGGGUGGUGCUGCUGGAGAUGCUGACGGGAAAGGCUCCGGUGAAAAGCUAUGGAGGGCAAGAAGAGGUGGUUGAUCUUCCUCGGUGGGUGCGGUCGGUUGUUAGGGAGGAAUGGACGGCUGAAGUGUUUGAUACGGAGUUGAUGCAGUAUGAGAAUAUUGAGGAAGAGAUGGUUCAGUUGUUGCAGAUUGCACUUGCGUGUGUUGUUAAGGCGCCGGAGUUGAGGCCUAAUAUGGAUGAAGUUGUUAGGAUGAUGGAAGAUAUUCGACAGCCGGAACUCAUUGACGACCAGCCUUCCUCAGAAGACAAUAGACCCUAGUAUUGCUGUCUGUGGAUUGUAAUUGGAUUGAAGCUACUUGCUUGUAUUUGUUAUUAAUGUCAGUCAUGAUUCUGAUUUUAAGAUCAUCUAUCUUGUUCUUGUACCUUGUUUCUUACUUUCUUGAAUUUAAUAGUCAAAUUUAUCUUUUUAGCA